CUUUCUGCUCGUGGUAUUGUUCACAGGUACCUCGCAAACGCUUAGUUAACAGGAUGGGGACUGUACGCAAGAUUAGCGAGGUGUUUUUUGUAGGCUUGACUUUACUGGCUUGUUUUGGGGAUGCUGAACGUAUGAUGUUUAGUAUGGCAGGUGAGGAGGUUGAUGGGGUCGACGAUGAAGGAACGUUUCUUCAGAUGUACGCUGAUCCAUAUAACGCCACCUUAAUGGACACGGCAAUGGCAAUGCAAGGAGGGCGUCCUGGAUCUGCAACUAACAGCCACAGCUGUUCCCGUGUCCGCGCAGUACCCCGAGAACUGCGCAGUGCCAGAUAUAUGGCACCACGAGGACUGACAAGUUUCUAUCAGAAGUACACGGAAGCGUAUGGCGUUCCCAUAGUUUCAUCUAGAAAUGUACCGGAUGAAGCUCUGCGUCGGGCUUGCUAUGUUGUCCGCUUUUUAUUGGCUGAUCGAUACGAUGUCAGGAACUCCUUGUACAAGAGAUCAGGACGCUUUGCGUUGAUUGGCGCCAGGGAGAAUACCAACAGCAUCCCAGAACACUCCUUCCUCGGCUCCUUCUGGAACACGCGGGCACGUGGCCUAGGUGGCACGGAGAGCGCACCUGUGUCCACCGUAGGGGAGGAAAACGCCCUGUGUUACAGCAGCGACCGGUGGCGCCCCGAUGACAUCAACCUCCACGAGUAUAUCCAUGGGACCCACAUCUUGGGAGCCAGGUACGCCAUCCCAGGGUUCGAGAGGAGGCUAAUUGCCGCUUUUAACAGCGCCAGGAGACGUGGACUCUGGGCCAAUACGUAUUCUUUGAGUACUAAAGAGGAGUAUUUUGCGGAGGGCACCCAGAGUUACUUGAACACUCACGUCUUCUCUGCGCGGCCAAAUGGUAUCCACGGACCUAUAGAUACCAGGGCAAAACUGAGGAACUACGACCCAACACUGUACAAUCUGGUCAAAGAAGUCUUCCCAUGCGAUAAUACGUAUAUUAAAAAGUGCGGGAGCAGAGGACCGGAGGAAGCUCAAGUAUUGAAAAUGAAUUGCAAUGGAAACGGCGGAACCGGGGGAGGCACUGGGGGAGGCACCGGAGGAGGCACUGGCGGAGGUACCGGAGGGGGCACUGGCGGAGGCACUGGAGGGGGCACUGGGGGAGGCACUGGCGGAGGCACUGGGGGAGGCACUGGAGGAGGCACUGGAGGGGGCACCGGAGGUGGCACUGGAAAUAACUGUCGGGAUUCCAACGGCAGGUGCCCCUCCUGGGCAAGAAGAGGAGAGUGUACUAGGAACCCACGGUAUAUGCUGCGCUUCUGUAGACUGAGCUGUCGGCAGUGCUCCACUAACAUUAAGACGGGUGAAGGCGGCGGUGAAGGUGGAACCAGUUGUACCGACGUGCGCGGCAAAUUCUUCUGUGGAUAUUGGGCCGAUAGAGGUCUCUGCACGUCUCGAAGACAAUACAUGUCGCAACACUAUGGGAGAGAUAUACAGGAGGAGGGACAGAAAUUUUGUAUCAGGCAGAUAGGGAAAGGUACAUUAUAUCGAGAUUAUUUGUAA